AGGUGGACGAUUAUAAAUGCAGCGAUGGCGGAAACAAACACAGUUGGAUUGUUUGAUCCCGUUUAUAUAACGGUCCGAGUCCUCACAGGCACGAAGCUUCUCCCUCCAGAGUCCUGAGCUGGUGAACUUAUUCACGCUUUUUCCAAGAUGAACAGAGUGAUCCUCCAGAUUUUUGCAGUCGCAUUCUGCUUUGCAAUCGGUCAAGCUCUGCAGUGCUACAAAUGCAAAAUUGGCAUUGGAGAGCUGUGCUUUACCAGCAAAACCACGUGUGAAAGUGGAGAACAUUGCUUCAGUGGUGUAGGGAGGGCAGUUGGCGUAGUGGAUAUCAAGAGUAAGGGCUGUCUAGCAAUGGCCGAGUGCAACAAGACGAAUGUGGUGCAAUUCCCCGGUGCCACUGAAAAUUCUACCACCGCCUACACUAUGACCAAGACGUGCUGCAACACCGACCUGUGUAACGCUGCACCCGGGCUGCCCUCCGGGCUCAGCCUGGCUCUGGCCACCGUCACCGCUCUGUUUGUGGCAAACAUCCUUGUUUGACCGCAAAAGCAGAUGACAUAAAGUGAAUACACACAUAUAAAACACACACGGCCUUCUGUUUUACUAUCCUCGAGGUGUAUUGCACUUUUUUAAUUUCACACGUGCUCAUGUCAGUCAAAUUUAAAUUCCCUCUGUUCUUUGUAUAAUUUCAGCUGUUCAGCAAUUUAAAGGAGACAUUAUGCUAAUUUUCAGAUUGACAUACUUCAGUGUUUAAUGAAAGAAAACACCUCUGUCAGAAAUGUUCUGUCUCUUUUAAGACCCAGUCUGCUCUGAUUGGUCAGCUCACGCAUGCAUGAGCCAGCACUGACAACAACAACAACAACAACAACUGCAGAGAAGCUGUGCUAAAUCAAUUCUUAUGUGCCAAACAAACUGCUAGGCAAAAAUUAUAAAUGUGUGACUUAUUGACAUAGUGUGAUGUCACCAAGUCACAGGUGGGGCUACUGACGAGGUGUUUCAGGAGCAGUGUUUUCUGUAGGAGAGAGGAGCUUCUGUUGAUGCAGACUUUGGCUUUUUUAACAUUAAAAAUGUUCAACAUGCACAAGAACCCAUAAAACACUGAAGGAAAGGAAAAUGAUAAAGCAUAAUGUGUCCUUUUUAAAAUGUAACACAAGCCUGUAACACUGACAUCAAAGAUGAUUUAAAUUCCAUUUCAUAUAUUCAAAUUGCCCUGCAAUUAACUUUCGCCACUUGAUUGAGCAGUAUAAAGUUGAAUUACAGGGAUGUAGGUGUCAUUAGCUGAAUUACAUCUUAGCCAUUUCACUGUAUAGCUACAGUAAAUCUCUUGUGUAGAUUAAUUAAAAAGAUGUUACCUAAAGGAGUAGUCCGACAUAUUGUGAGAUAUGCUCAUCUGUCUUUUAAGCCAAGAGUUGGAUGAGGAGAUUGGUAGCACCCAUUUGUCUGUCUGACGGUUAGCUUAGCUUAGCAUAAAAGCUGGAAACGGCCAGCCUGGCUCUGUCUGGAGGCAAAAGGUUUGCCUGUGGUGUAAAAACAAAUUGUGUUUCUCACAAAAACAGAGCACAGUAGGUGAGCUUUAAAGAUGUUGUAAGCUUAUUGUUUACCAUUCAAUAGAGCUGGGGUAGCUGCUUCCAUCUGUCUCCAGUCUUUAUGUUAAGCUAACCUUAUCAGGCUUCAUGUUAUCCAUACAUACAUGCAUACAUGAAGAAGGGGAAUGUGCAUAUUUCUCAUUAUGCUGAACUAGCCCUUUAAUUUAUUGCGAUUGACCCUCUGUAAUGUCAUUUCAAUUAUAAAUAUAUAAAGAUUUCAAAGCUUCUAUGAACAUUUCAUUUAUUGCAGUUUGCUUUGUGUACACUUUAUUAACAUGUAGCUAACAUGCUGUAAAUUAUCUCCUGGUUUAUGUCUGGUACUGUCUGGAAAAAAAAUCUUUCUUUUGACACAAAUAGCUUCUACAAUUCUGUGCUUAACUUGUUUUUUAUUUUUGAUAUAUGUGACGAAUCCACACUGCACGUUACUCCUUUAAAUGUGGGGUACAAGCUUUGGUUUAUCUCGCUAGUUGAAUGUAUAUGUAGGGAGACGGUGAUUCAGUUGAUAUUGAGAUUCCAGUAAUUUGAAAUUUGUCAGGUUCGAUCUAUUCGACAAGAAUCGUUUUAAAGAUGGGUUACAUUCCUGAACCUGACACUUUUGGCAUUAGUUUCCAAAAAGAAAAAUGUGUAGACGUGAAUACUGUAAAAUUGACAAUGUAAACAAUUAAAGAAUGCAAUAAACAACCAAACUGGGGAAAAUGUGA